AAGAUGGCGGCAUCGUCGAUGCGCCUGAAGCGUAGCUACGCUGUGUUUUGGCGUAAACCGUCGGGCACUUAUGUGUGUAACACCGGCGUUUGAGCUGUGUGAUGGAGUUUCGCUGACUGCUAUUCAGUGACGCUACGUGACUUUUGCAGUAACCGUGUCGCAGCGCAGCGGUGUCCACUUGGAGAUCCGAGCCGGGCGUCAUGGGCGAUAACAUUAUAAUCAGGGUGCAGUCCCCAGAUGGGAUGAAGAAAAUCCCUUCCACCAAGAGGGAGACAGCGGCUACUUUUCUGAAAAAGGUGGCCAAAGAGUUUGGGUUCAAUUCCAACGGGUUCUCUGUUUAUGUAAACCGCAACAAGACCGGAGAGGUUCUGUCCCAGAACAAAUCCCUCAACCUGCUGAAGAUCAAGCAUGGGGACAUGUUGUUUCUGUUCCCCUCUGCAUCCUCCUCCUCCUCUUCUUCAGGGGAGGUAAUGGACACGGCGACCCCACACACAUCUUCAUCCCUCCCAUCCAUCUCGUCCUCUUCUUCAUCCUCGUCUUCGUCCUCGUUGAUCCCUCGGUCCUCCUCGGCACCACAGGUACAGGAGGAUCAGAUCGAUCAGUAUCUGGCCAAACAAGACGGCAAGAUCUACAGGAACAGAGACCCACAGCUAUGUCGUCAUGGUGCCCUUGGAAAAUGUGUGCACUGUGUACCGCUAGAGCCUUUUGACGAAGACUACCUGAACCACCUCGACCCACCGGUGAAGCACAUGUCAUUCCACGCGUACCUUCGCAAGCUCACCGGUGGCGCUGACAAAGGGAAGUUUGCAGCUUUGGAGAACAUCAGCUGUAAGAUAAAGUCGGGAUGUGAGGGUCAUCCUCCCUGGCCUGAGGGGAUCUGCACCAAAUGCCAGCCCAGUGCCAUCACUCUGAACAGACAGAAAUACAGACAUGUAGACAACAUCAUGUUUGAGAACCACACCAUCGCCGACCGAUUCCUGGACUUCUGGAGGAAAACAGGCAGUCAGAGGAUGGGCUACCUAUACGGCCGGUACACCGAGCACACAGACAUCCCGCUGGGCAUCAGAGCUGAGGUGGCGGCCAUCUAUGAGCCCCCGCAGAGUGCGACCCAGAACAGUUUAGAGCUGCUGGAGGAUCCCAAAGCUGCAGCUGUAGAUGAAAUCGCUGCCAAGCUGGGGCUCUGCAAGGUGGGCUGGAUCUUCACUGAUCUGUUAUCUGAGGACACAAGGAUAGGAACUGUCCGCUACACAAGAAACCAGGACUCCUUUUACUUGAGCGCUGAGGAGUGCAUCACGUCCGGAUAUUUCCAGAACCAAUACUCAAACCCCUGCAGGCUGUCUCGAGACGGGUACUUUGGAUCCAAGUUUGUGACCGUUGUUGCGACAGGUGGUCCAGAUAAUCAGGUCCACUUUGAAGGUUACCAGGUGUCCAAUCAGUGCAUGGCUCUGGUGAGAGACGAGUGUCUGCUUCCCUGCAAAGACGCUCCUGAGCUCGGCUACGCCAAGGAGUCCAGCCCUGAGCAGUACGUACCAGACGUCUUCUACAAGGACAAAGAUAAAUUUGGGAACGAUGUCACGUUUCUAGCUCGACCUCUUCCUGUUGAGUACCUUAUCAUAGAUAUAACCACAACUUUCCCAAAGGACCCUCAGUACACCUUCACCUCCACGCAACGUUUCCCAAUUGAAAACCGCGACAUCCUUGGAGAGACACAAGAUUUUCAUAGUUUAGCCACGUACCUGUCCCAGUGCUCCUCCGCGUCAUUCCUGGAUAUCGUGUCAGACUUCCAUCUGCUCCUCUUCCUCGUCACCAACGAAGUCAUGCCUCUGAGGGACAGUAUCGGUCUUCUUCUGGACGCAGUGAAGACAUCCAAUGAGGAGCUGGCACAGACCUGGAAGAAGUCUGAGCAGUGGGCCACCAUUGAGCAGCUUUGCAGCACGGUGGGCGGGCAGCCGUCCAGUUCUCUGGGUUACGAAGCCAUGGGUGGCCCCGCGGCGCCGGCGUCCUCCUCAGCCAUGUGGUCCUGCCUCCACUGCACCUUCAUGAACCAGCCCGGCACAGAGCACUGUGAAAUCUGCAGCCUGCCCCGCAGUUAAGACCCUCCACAGAACUUCCACCCUGAACGUCCUAACUUCACCAGAUCCAGUGGCAAGAUUCAGGCCCCUCCUUCGUUGUUUUGUCCAACUCGCAGUGACGCCUCUGUCUUCCCCUAGUUGCUGGAGGCACAGAAGGAUGCACUUGUUUAAAUCCACAAAUCUGAAAAAUAGAAAAGGAAAAAAACAAAAAUUGAACCAGACAUGAUUUAAUCUUGUUUGUUACUAUCCCUCUUUUCAGCAUCUCUUGUCUGUUUUGGGCCUAAACUGUUAAAUAUUUCCCCUAACAACUCAAAUAAAACCUGCUGUGACUCAGGAGGACAGCAAAGACCCCAACUUUCAGAUCUUUCUUCACAUCAGUGCUCCCCCCCUCCUUACCCUCUUUUUGCUCUAACAGUGACUUCUGGAAAAUCUUGCUGUGUAUAAAUACCUUUGAUGGAUGAUGCUGUUAUUUAAUUGAGUUUCUUUUUGUAUUACCAGAUUGUAGCGUGUAACUUAAAACUUUGAUUCUUCUGAUCGGACACUUUUACAGCUCUUGGUCUCUGGAAAGCCCUUUACAGUACAAUCACUCCUCAAAGCUUCGACCUCAUCAGGCUCUGACCUGCUGAGUAAACCCCGAUUUAUAGCUCAGAGAUUUAUAUUUUUUGUGUUAAAUUUAGUCCCCAGUUUUAAGAAGCAGCCUCCCAUGAUUGCAGAAGGCAGAUCCGGUUCAUUUUAAAUGUAUUGGUUUUGAACUUGAGCAGCAGAAGAUGUAGCUUAUUUAAUCAGUUGUUCUGAUAGAAAUAUCCCGGGACACUUUCUAAUUUCACUUCCAUAUGCUAUGGGGUGCUCUAGAAACAACUGGUGCUCACCUCCCCAUUAGAGCCUCCUCCUCUUCUUCGUUUUUAUGCUCCAGCUGGUGCUGAACGUGACCCCUGUUCCUCUGAUUGACCCCUGAGGGUUUCUAGCCAUCACAGAGACUUCAAAGACAUUCCUCCAGAGGAGGGAAGACCUGAAAUUAUUGUCUCUGUUGUGAAUUUCCAAGAUGGAUCGUGAUGGUCGAGAAACGUCGGCGUUUGAAAGCUACCGAGUCUUCUUCCAACAACAAACCUUCAGGAGACUGCCGGAAAAUCAAACCAUGAAAUUAAAACGUUAAAUGGCACCAAAAGAUGAUCUAGUUUCUAGUGCAUACACUUAGUGCACUUGAAAUAACAUAAAACUAAUAAGUAACUUCUCAGCAAGAAAUAUGAGCUUGUUUCCAGUCCAUAAUUCCUUAAUGUGGAUUUAAAAAGUGCUAGUUAUAAAUGAAAUAAGACAUUUUUUCCAUAAGUCAAAAUGUCUUGUUCCACUGUCAUAUAACUAGUACUUUUUCAUAAAUAUUAAAGCGUUAUUUGUUUAAGACAAACUCCGAUAUUGUGUUGAAAAGUUACUUGUAAGGUAGUUUUAUCUUAUUUUAAGUUUCCUGAGAUAUUUGCACUAGAAAAUGGACCAGAAAUACGUGGUAAGAUUUUGUGUUUUUGCAGUGAACAUCAGAUUAAAAUCAAAUUCAGCAGACAGACUAAUUCUCUUUUAAAAAUAUCAUGGCUAACUCUUUUUAACAUAUUCAGUUUGGGCAUUUUGGUCGAUUGAAAUUGGGACCAAUAUGAGUAAGAAGGUUUUUAUUUUUUUGGGGGCGGGGUUUAAAAGUUGGCCACAGGUGCUCUGAGCGUUUCAGGCUCACAUUCAGCUCAACUUCAACAUUUUGGUGUCCAUCUGUUCUUUAAAGCCAUUUAAAGGGUAAACAAUAUGUGUGGAGUUAAAAAGUGCCUCUGUAAAAUAACAAAGAGAAGAUUAGAUGGAUUAUUUACCGACAAACAAUCAGAUCACAGCAGUGUUAAACUAGCAGAAGCAUCCAGAAUCUCACUCUGUCCCUUUCUUUUCCUCCACGAUUUUCAGGUUAGUUUGGUUUUCGUUCAUGAAUGUGUGCUGCGCCACUCCAGCGACGAUCCAAACUGGGAACGUUUCCAGUGAACUUCUCUCUAGUCCAGAGGGCGAGUCACGAGCGGCUCAUGUUUACUAAUUUAUCAGAUGUGGGCUUCUCUGUAAAGUUGCCCUCAUCAAUUAAGAGGAUACUUAUAGUUUUAGAUUAGUUUGAUGCUUUUUGCUCCUUUUGCCCCCUUGUGUGGAUUUAAUUUGGUGUGAUUGCUCUGAUGUUACACUAAGGGGCGGCUUUGACCUUUUUCCUUUUGUAUUAAUCUGGGGGCUGUUUGCUGAGCAAGCAAGCUCUUGGAGCUGCAGCCCGUCCUCACUUUCCACUGAGCUGACCGAGGACCCUGAAAAUUGUAUGCUGUUGACUUGGAUUUGAAGCAAAACAAUAAAAGAAACAAAGAACUCAA